AUGCAUCUGCGCACUACUUUUUCUUGCAAAGUUGUUUUUUUAGUGUUUCCGCAGUUUAAGCGGACUAACUAUGCAUCGACCCGCAAAAAUUUGCUUCUUGACAAAGACACGAAGGUGAUAUGUCAAGGUUUCACCGGGAAACAGGGCACGUUCCACUCGGAGCAGACCAUAAAAUAUGGCACCAAGCUGGUCGGUGGAGUCUCACCCGGCAAAGGUGGCCAAACCCAUCUGGGUCUCCCGGUUUUUAAUACAGUCGGUGAAGCGAAGGAAGCAACGGGCGCCACCGCUACCGUGAUUUACGUGCCGCCUCAAUUCGCUGCCAAAGCCAUCGACGAAGCGAUGGAAGCUGAGAUGCCCCUUAUUGUGUGCAUUACCGAAGGGAUUCCCCAACACGAUAUGAUCCAUGUUAAACAUCGACUCGUUCGCCAAUCGAAGUCUCGUCUCCUUGGGCCAAACUGUCCUGGAAUAAUUAAACCAGGGGCCUGCAAAAUCGGAAUCAUGCCUGGUCACAGCCACGCUCCCGGCCAUAUCGGUAUCGUGUCCAGAUCUGGUACACUCACCUACGAGGCAGUGCACCAGACGACCCAGUCUGGCCUGGGUCAGUCGCUCUGUAUUGGUAUCGGUGGCGACCCUUUCAACGGGACGGACUUUAUCGAUUGCCUCGAGGUCUUUCUCCACGAUCCUAACACAGAGGGCAUCAUAAUGAUCGGCGAAAUCGGCGGCCAAGCGGAGGAGGAGGCCGCUGAGUACCUGAAACAACACAACAGUGGACCCAAUAAGAAACCCGUGGUGUCGUUCAUAGCUGGCGUGACUGCGCCGCCGGGCCGUAGAAUGGGUCACGCGGGCGCCAUUAUCGCCGGAGGCAAGGGCGACGCGAAGUCGAAGAUCGCCGCCCUUGAGGAAGCCGGCGUCAUC